AUGCAGCUGACUAGCCGCCGAUCUCAGCCACCGCGGAUACCUGGUUCACUCGCGCUCUUUCAUAUCAACACGGUGCCGUGCUCGGGCCCGGAUCAAGACUCGACCUCAUGCUCUCCACACUCCCAACACUUCCCCGGCAGCAACAAGUCCCGACGUUCAGAACUAACUGAUGACGACUCUAAAGAGGACAUGGGCAAGGAGCUGCAUAACCAAGACCCGGAUCUGGAGGAAGACUUCGGCGAGAAGGACUGGCCGUUUGCCGGCAAAGGUGACCUGGACGACGUCCCAGCCCCAACAGGAGCCGCCUGCACCAAGAUCAGCAACGUACUGGGCGGAGCAAGCGAGCACUUGGGAGACUUCUCCUUCGGGGGCCAAGCCGACCUGCUGCCGCCCGUUCCAAGCCUCUUUGUCAACGGCGUGGGGCCCGUGCCCGUGCCUCUGUGGGAGGAGCGGGCCCUGAAGCUCAUCGACAAGUGUGCCAAGUCCCCGUUCGGCCACAACAUGGACACCAAGUUGGAUGAGACGGGCAUCGACAAGAUGGCGGUGGCCAUCGCCGACCGACUCGGGUACAAGGGCAUCCCGCUGCAGUGCGUGCUGUUCAAGCUGCUGGUGUACGGGGAGGGCGGCCACUUCGUCAAGCACCAGGACACGGAGAAGGAGGACGGCAUGAUCGCCACGCUGGUGGUGCAGCCACCGAGUCUGCACGAAGGAGGGGAUCUGGUCGUGUACCGUGACGGCCGAGUGAAGCACCGGCAUGAUUUCGGUGCAGCGGACGGCACAGCCACGUACCUGACGCACUACGCGGUGCAUUAUGCUGACGCAGAGCACGCUGUGGAGAAGGUGACGAAGGGGUAUCGUCUUGCAUUGGUGUACUCAGUGUGCUUGCCGCCGACGAUGCUGCACCUGGAGCGGAACCCGAACAAACCCAUGAGCGCGGCGUUAGCGGACGCAAUCGAAACGAUGAAGCCGGGAGACGACUGCUUUGCGUUGCUGUUGUCGCACGAGUACACGCAAAAGAGUCUCCAGGGCUUGGGUGCCGGUGCGUUGAAAGGUGUGGAUCGCGCGAGGUUUCAGGCGCUGGAGGAGGCGAAUGCAUCAGUUUCUGCUGAGAAGAAGUUGGAGUUUCACGUCGUUGAGCUCCACCACGAGGUUGUUUUCUACAAUGCUAUGGGAACAUCGGUGAUUGGGCUGAGGAGAAAGGUGGACUGGAAGGACGUUGGCCCGACUCUUCUGAGCGCACUGACCGGGGAAGACUCGCGCAGCAUCAUGGAAACGGCGCUGGGGGUUGCCAGAGAGCUGGAAAGUGGAGAAGCCCAGCAAGAACUCUUGAAGCUGGCUGUCGAAAACGUUGUGAAGCUCAAGGAUUCGCAGCUGUGCUCUUCAAACUCUCUUGAAGACCUCUGGAGGCUUGUUCUGCGUCAUGGCGAUGACGACAUGCUGGAGACCGUGGCGAACAAGUUUAAGCAGAUGACUCCACGUUUGCUCCACUACACCGUGUACGUUUUCGCGCAUCAACUGAGCGACAUUGACAUCCCCGCCAGCAGGUCUGCGGUGCUGGCCUCAAUUGCUGCUCUGCGUACCGAGUGGCUGCAAAGUCAGAUCGAAGUGCUCGAGAAGCCAUUCUCUUGGGAAAUGCCUACUGCCGAGUUCCCUGACACAGCGGAGGUGGAGACGUUCCUGCGAGGACCCGAGGCUAGGAUGACAACAGAAGACGUGAUCAGCUUUGCCAAGGAUGAUGCCGAAAGUUACGCUUAG